UCAAUACAUUUGACAUCGCAUAGCGGGAAGCACGAAUUUUAUUACAUCAUGUUUACAAUAAUUUCAUUUCAAGUAGGAGUAUAAGUAUAUUUGCUUGCUUAAUUCAUACCAAAUUAUUGAGUAGUAGUAGUCAUUUGUGACAAGUACAAACAAUAUACCAUAUAACAGCUGUGAUAAUAUUUUUAUUCACCAACCAGUGAGAAGUAAGGUUAUAUUUCUAUAACAUUUAGAGAAGUCUUUUAGCAAAUAAUCAAACAUGGGUGUUACUGAAGAAAAAAGAUCUAUAAAAUCUUUAUACCUGCCGCCGUUACUGGCUGGGGCAAUGGCUGGAUUUUCUGUUGAUGUUGCUUUAUAUCCUUUGGAUACGAUAAAAACUCGCUUGCAGAGUGCACAAGGGUUUCAAAAAGCUGGAGGAUUUAAUGGCGUUUAUAGAGGUCUACUCACUGUGGCCUCAACAUCAAUGCCUACAACGGCUUUAUUUUUUGUAUCAUAUGAGGCUACUAAGAAAUUGUGCACACCAUAUGUGAAUGCUCAGUACACUCCCCUAGUCCACAUGUUUGCAGCCAGCGUGGGGGAAGUGUUGGCGUGUGUCAUACGAGUGCCCACAGAAAUAGCAAAGCAGAGGAAACAGACGUAUGUAGGACCUAAGGCUCGGAGCAGCAUAUCUAUAUUGUUAGAAGCGUACAAAGCGGAGGGUUUCCGCAAGGGUGUGUACCGCGGGUUCCUGUCGACGGUGGCGCGCGACCUGCCCUUCAGCUUCAUAGAGCUGCCUGUCUGGGAGUUCCUCAAGACCACCGUCAAGAACCAUAAUGAUGGACAAAUCAGUAGUUUACAAAGCGCCAUCUGCGGUUCCAUAGCGGGCGGCUUCGCAGCGGCAGUCACCACUCCCCUGGACCUUGCCAAGACCAGGAUCAUGCUGGCGGAAGACUAUGCGGUGACACGGAAGCUGCGCAUCAAACCUAUCCUGGUCUCCAUCUACAUGGAGUCAGGAGUGAGGGGACUGUUCGCUGGAGUAACGCCGAGGUUAACCGGCUUUACGAUAGGAGGCUUCGUGUUUUUCGGAGUCUAUGAUAACACGAAGAACUUUUUCGAGAACUUUCUGGAUAGAUAGUUGACGGUUCUGGUGAUUUGUGAUGGAUUAAGCCGGUAUUGGCUGUGGAAUAUGGAGUGUCCUAUAUGUAAUUAUGUAAGAUACACUCUGACAGGUUUAGAUAAUAGAAUAUUUCUCACAGUAUCAGGAACCACCAGCAGUAGAGAUCUCGUCUAAGAUUGGGAAGGGAAUAAUACAGGGUUGGUAUUAUUAUAUAUCUUGCAAGGCAUAAUAUCGUCAUGUAGCCAUCUUAACCUAAACAAAUGAAACGCUGUUCCAUUUCUGUGGUAGUUGGACCAAAUAUUUAGAUUUAUACUUACAGCAAUGUAUAUUGUUAUACCGAUAUAUAGUGAUAUAGUAACAAUGUUGGAUUUUAAAUGUGUUUAUAUUUUAUUUAUUUCAAUAAUUUAGAUUUAUCUUGAAGAUAGCCGUCUUACAUGCCUUUGACACUUAACUAAAUAAGUGAGUAAUGGCGACUCUAACUACAUUCAGAUCGGCCACAAAUACUUAGCUAACUAAAAACUGGUCGAUACAUAUUGUAAGUAUUUUAUUUGGUAUAUAAUGGUUAUUGACCGUGUUCAAGGCGAUUUAUUAUUAAGUUAAUUGUUAUGUUUUGACGUAUUGAUUGUUUUUGUUGCCAAAUAUCAAUAAAUUUGUUACA